AUGGCUGCUGCAUCGAAGUUUGCAUAUCUUCCCGUCCCGCUGCCUGCGGACGCCAAUUACAAGAAGCAAUGCGUGGAGGUACCCGGCACGAAGCGCCCUGGGCAGACGGCGCACUAUCGGUCAUCGUUGCACCCGUUCGUGACCCUCAAGACGCCGAACGUGUUCACGAACCUUCUCGAGAUCUUCGACGAGGGCUACCGUCGCUCGAAGGGCGGGCCGUUCCUCGGCCACCGGCCGGUCAUUUCGACGGAACCGCUCAAGUACGCCAACUACCACGUCUGGCAGACGUGGCCGGAGGUGGAUGCGCGCCGUCGCGCUCUGGGCAGCGCCUUGCACAAGCUCUUCCAGGAGGGCACGCUGGGCGGCGGGGACUUGCCUACGGUCGGCAUCUGGAGCAAGAACUGUCCUAACUGGCAGGUAGUCGACCUAUCAUUGCAAGCCUAUGGCAAGGUUGGCGUGAGCUUGUACGAUACUCUAGGCAAGGAUUCCGUAGGUGCGUCCAUCAACCAUGCCGAGUUGACUGUCAUCUUUGCUACGCCCGCGCAUAUACCCGCUCUGCUGAAGCUGGCGCCGAAGUGCCCGACUCUCAAGCUGGUUGUCGCCAUGGAUGACCUCACCGCGCAGACGAAGAGCGUUCUAUCCGCCUGGGGAGAGACGGUCGGUGUGCAAAUCAAGGAGCAGUCGGAAUUGGAGGAGCUCGGCCGUGCCAACCUAAUCCCUGUGCUCCCGGCCACGUCUGAACAGAUCGCGACCAUCUGCUACACCUCAGGGACGACUGGCCAGCCGAAGGGUGUCGUCCUCACCCAUGGCUCGCUGGCGCAGGCCGCGCAUGGCUACAUGUACCAGUUCCAAUUGGACAACGAGACCACGCUUAUGUCAUUCUUGCCUCUUGCGCACAUCUACCAGCGCGUCAUGGAGCUGGUCGCGAUCGGCAUGGGCGCGCAGAUUGGUUACACUACCGGUGAUCCCCUGCAGCUCCUUGAGGAUCUUGCGAUCCUGAAGCCACAUAUGUUCCCGUCUGUCCCGCGUGUGAUCAACAGGAUUUACCAGUCCGCAGUAGCCACAGGGACCGCGCCCGGCAUCAAAGGCGCGCUUUUCCGUAGGGCAGUUGCGACUAAGCUGUACAACCUACGCAACCAUGGUCAAUUCCACCAUGCGCUAUAUGAUCGCCUCGUCUUCCGCAAGCUGGCUGGUGUCCUUGGUGGCCGAUUACGCAUAUUCACGUCCGGUUCCGCGCCCAUCAGCGCCAACGUUAUGGACUUUAUGAAGAUUGGCAUUCUCAGCGAGGUCAUCGAAGGUACGUACGGAAUGACGGAGAACUGCGGCAGCUUCGUCCGGACGUGGUCGUACGACCCGACGUCUAGCGGGACCGUCGGCUCGCCGCUGCCAAACUGCGAGCUCAAGCUCGUCGACGUGCCCUCCAUGGGCUAUUCUGCGGAGGACAAGCCGUACCCGCGCGGUGAGAUCUGCAUGCGCGGAGAGCAGCGGUUCUCUUACUACUACAAAGACCCGAAGAAGACCGCCGAGACCAUUGACGAGGAGGGAUGGCUGCACACCGGUGAUGUUGGUGCCCUUGACGAUAGCCUCCGCCUGAAGAUCAUCGACCGCGUCAAGAACAUUAUGAAGCUCGCCCAAGGAGAGUACGUCGCACUUGAGAACAUAGAGAGCAUCUAUGGCGGCAGCCCCUUCGUCGCGCAGCUCUACGUUCACGGCGACGGCCUUCAGUCUUACCUCAUCGGCGUCGCCGUCCCGGACCCCGUACAGUUCGCGGGGCUCAUCUCUCGCGUCCGUGGCAAGCCUGUUGCCCCAGAGGACAUUGGGACGCUCAGUGAGGCAACGAAGGACCCCCAGAUCGUCGCCGCGUUCCUCGCCGAGCUCCAAAAGCAAGCGCAAAAGCACCAGCUCAAGGGUUUCGAGCAGCUCAAGCGGAUCCAUUUGACUCUGCAGGCGUUCACUACCGAGAACGGCUGCUUGACGCCGACCCUGAAGAUCCGGAGGAAGGAGACGUACGAGUUCUUCAAGGGCCCGCUCGAUGCGCUGUAUGCACUCGGCGAACCCAGCCGCGGCUCCACCAAGCUAUAG